CUCUCUAAUGUGAGAGCUAAAAUCACCACCACCACCAUUCAAAGCAAACUCCAUUCUCAGCUCCAAAACUAAGCUUAGCUAGGGAAAUGGCAGCAACCAUGGCCACCGCUUCCACCGCCGUCGUAGGCUUGGGCACUUCCUCCCUCUCUUUGUCUUCUCGUGUCUCUUCACCAAAGACAACAUCCCUCAACUCAGCCUUCCUGAAGUCUCCGGUGAGGGUGAGAAAUCCUCUGGUGCAAGCACAUGCUUCGGGAGGAAAGUUCACAUGCUUUGAGAGAGAUUGGCUGAGAACAGAUCUGAAUGUGAUUGGAUUUGGGCUGAUCGGAUGGUUGGCACCGUCGAGCGUGCCGGCGAUCAACGGGAACAGCUUAACAGGGCUGUUCUUCUCUAGCAUUGGAACUGAGCUCUCUCACUUCCCCACUGGCCCUGCUCUUGAUUCUCCAUUCUGGUUGUGGAUGGUUUGUUGGCAUUUAGGGCUGUUCUUGUGCCUUACUUUUGGGCAAAUUGGCAUCAAGGGGAGGACAGAGGAGUACUUUUGAGAUGGCAACAUGGUCUUUCUCUAUCUGUAAUCUAUAUGUAUGAUAAAAACUCUAUUAUUUAUAUUUAUCUGUAAUCCAUGUAAGAUAAAAACAAAACUUUGUAUGUAGUUUCUCACCACUUUUACCCUUUCUUCAAUUCAUGUUCAAGAUAAAUACUCCCUCA